AUGUCACCGUCUACUUGGGUCGUUGUUGGAGCUAGCCGUGGGAUCGGCCUCGAAUUUGUUCGUCAGUUGCUCGACGAGGGCAAUCAAGUGAUUGCUGCAGUUCGGAACCCGGAGACUGCCAGUCAUCUUUGGCAGCUUGCUGCCAAACAGCAGCGUCCAGGGGCCUGCGUGAUCGAGCAAUGUGAUUUUGCCAAACGCAUGUCGGCGUUUAUUGCCAAAGGAUCGAAGAUCGACAACAUUGUCUUGAAUGCAGGAGUUCUGAAGUAUCCCAACAGGGCAACGGAAAUAUCAUUCAGCGACUUUGCGCUGCAUUUACAUACAAACACAAUAGGUCCCAUCAUUGCGGCUCAAAGACUGCUCAAGAUCAACGACGAAGCCCCGCCUUCUAAGGUGAUCUUCAUUUCCUCAGACUCAGGAUCUACGGCAGAAUUUCGAGCACACGAGGAUGGAUUUGGAGCUUACGGUGCCAGCAAGGCGGCGUUGAACCAGAUGCUGAGACACAUGGCUGCCGAACUGAAGAGGAAAGGGGGCAAGUGGGACGAAGUUUGCGUGCUAGCGCUUCAUCCGGGAGAAGUAAAGACUGACAUGGCAAACAUCGAGGUCGACUGGGAAGUGGAAGGAAUAAUCGAUGCAGACGAGAGCGUUUCAAAGAUGCUGAAAGUCAUUGGCGAGAAGGACAAGUCUGAUAGUGGGACAUUCUGGUGCUGGGAUGGAAGGGAGUACCCGUGGUGA